CACCUAGCGUAAGUCUGCGCCACAAGGCAGCAGCUGUCACUCAAAGGACAUUUAAAUGGCUACACUGUACAAAACUGCCUAGCUUUAUCGUACUGUACGAAAACAAUGAUUGGGAUUCCAUUUAGUUAAUGGUACAUUUAAGCAGAGUGUUUUCUGCUGUUUUUAUGCUGCAGUUGUUCAUUCGUAUAUGCAUUGUGAAGUAUUACUCGUAAGUCUAUAUUUUGUCUAGUCUUAGCACCGUGUGUAUACGUUUAAAAAAUGAACGAAGAGGAAGAGACCUUGCACAAAACCAGACAGGGGUUUGAAGAGCUCUGCCGGGCUUUGAAUAUGGACGAGGAGGCGAGCAAUGAUGCCUGGAAGAAUUAUGAAAAUAUUAACAAAAACUACACUUUAGAGGGCAGUGAACUGCAUUGGUUGGCCUGCGCUCUGUAUGUCGCCUGCAGGACGUCAGUUCCCACCGUGGGCAAGGGGACGGCUGAGGGCAACUACGUGUCCCUGACCCGGAUCCUGCGCUGCUCAGAGCAGAGCCUGAUCGAGUUCUUCAGGAAGAUGAGGAAGUGGCAGGACAUGGCCGACCUGCCGCCGGACUUCCGCCAGCGCACCGAGAAGCUGGAGCGCAACUUCACCGUGACGGCGGUCAUCUUCAAGAAGUACGUCCCCAUCUUCCGCGACAUCUUCCGGCCGCCGUCCGACGACCCGCCCCGGGCACACAGGAGCCGGAAACAGCGACGUCAUCCCUGCACUGUCGCAGAGCUCUUCAACUUCUGCUGGAUCCUUUUCGUCCAUGCCAAAGGGAACUUCCCGAUGAUCAGCGAUGACCUGGUGAACUCGUACCACCUGCUGCUCUGCGCCCUGGACCUGGUCUACUGCAACGCCCUGCUCUGCUCCGCCCGCAAGGAGCUGCUCAACCCCACCUUUAAAGGUCUUCCGGAGGACUUUGGCAGUAAGGACUUCAAGCCCGGCCCCGGCCCGCUGUGCUCCAUUGAGAAGCUGUGUGGGCUGCACGACGGCCUGGUGCUGGAGGCCAAGGGCGUGAAGGAGCACUUCUGGAAGCCCUUCAUCAAGAAGCUCCUGGAUAAGAAGAUUCUCAAGGGGAAAGAGGAAACCCUGUCUGGCUUCUUGGAUCCUGCAAAUUUUGGCGACAGUUUCACAUCCAUAGGCCGGGUGUACGAGGAGCACGUGCUGUCCACAGGCAGUCUGGAUGAGAGGAUCUUCCUGGGGGACGGAGCCAAUGAGGACAUCGGAACGCCAGGGGCCUGCUACUGCGCUGUGGGCACGGAGAACAGGGAGCGCCCAACACACAACCUGCACAGCUCCCAGACUGCCUCGGCCCUCAGAGUCUCCACUCCUCUGACCGGCCGCAAGUACGUCCAGGACGGCGGCGGCGGCGUGGGGACGCCGGUCUCCAUGGCGAUGCAGAGCGUGGGCCGUCUGCACAGCCUGCUGACGGGGCUGAAGCACGGGCCCAGCGACAAGCUGGCCGGCACACUCAGGGCCUGUGCCAGGGACCCCAGCGAGGCCAUCUCUAACCGCCUCAGAGACAUGUCCGAAGCCUUCUGCCAGCACUACGAGUCAAACAAAGAGGAGAACAGCAGCCUGGCCAAAGAUAUCGGAGUGAAGUAUUUCCGCCUGGCUGAAGCUCUGUACUACAAGACCCUGGAGGCCGUCAUCAACCAGGAGAAGAGGAGGCUGGGUGACAGAGAUCUCUCAGGGAUUUUGGAGAAGGACGUGUUCCAUCGCUCUUUGCUCGCCUGCUGUCUGGAGAUCGUCAUCUUCUCUUAUCGACCGCCGGGCGAAUUCCCCCGAGUUAUCGAGAUUUUCGAGCUGCCCCCGUACCACUUCUACAAGGUGAUAGAGGUGAUGGUGCGGGCUGAGGAGGGCCUGUUUCGGGAGGUGGUGAAGCAUCUGAACCGCAUCGAGGAGCAGGUUCUGGAGAGCCUGGCCUGGAAGGGGGGUUCGCCGCUGUGGGACAGCGUCAGAGGGGCCAAGAAUCGGGUUCCCGCCUGUCAGGAGGUGAUGCCUCCCCAGCACUUUGAGGGCGCCGAGGGGAACAGCACUGCUGGGGGCACCCCCCUCACCCCCAGCCGCCUGAACGAGCUCCGCGCGAACACCGCUGGAGCCGCCAAAGUGUCCGCCUCUCCCGCCACUCUUCACGAUCGCUACAGCUCGCCCCCUGCUGGCGGCGCGGCGCGGAGGCGGCUGUUCGUGGACGGCGAGGCGGCCGCGGAGCCCGCCGCGCCCGUCCGAGUGGCCCAGACCCCCCUCAUCAGCGCCAUACCCGCCGGCCAGACCGUGGUCACCAUGGCGACGGCCACCGUCACCGCCAACAACGGGCAGACGGUCACCAUACCUGUGCAAGGAAUCGCGAACGAGAACGGGGGCAUCACCUUCAUCCCGGUGCAGAUGAGCGUGACGGGGCAGGGCGCGGGCACGCUGCAGCCCCUCACCGCGCAGUCCCUGGCCGGGACGCUGACCGCGCAGCAGCUCGCCGGCGCCGCCCCUCAGGCGGCCGCCCAGAACAGCGCCUCCCCCGCGCAGCUGGCCAAGAGGGCGGGGCCUCAGAGCCCGCUCGCCAACAAGCCUCAGAAAACCGGGUCGCUCUCGCUGUUCUUCCGCAAGGUGUACCACCUGGCCAGCGUGCGCCUGCGUGAUCUGUGCGCCAAGCUGGACAUCUCCGCCGAGCUGCGGCGGAAGAUCUGGACCUGCUUCGAGUACUCGCUGGUGCACUGCACCGAGCUCAUGCUGGACCGGCACCUGGACCAGCUGCUCAUGUGCGCCAUCUACGUCAUGGCCAAGGUGACCAAAGAGGACAAGUCCUUUCAGAACAUAAUGAAGUGCUACAGGACCCAGCCUCAGGCCAGCAGUAGUGUUUACAGGAGCGUGCUGAUCUCCGGGAGGAAGAGGCGUCACUCGGGCAGUAGUGAGACUGGACAGAGACAGAGCUCUCCCAGCGAAGCCAGCCGAGAGCGUGGGAGCGGAGACAGCAGCCCGGUCCCCAUGCGCUCCAGCAGCACCCUUCCGGCCCCCCAGCCGAGCAGCGCCCCGCCCACCCCCACGCACCUGGCGGGGGCGCCCGCCGAGCAGGACGGCGAGGAGAGGGGCGACCUCAUCCGCUUCUACAACACCAUCUACAUCAAGCAGAUGCGCCUGUUCGCCCUGCGCUACUCGUCCAGCUCCGCCGCGGCCCCGGGCACGGAGGCCCCGCCCCUAUCUCCGUACCCCUCGUUGAGGACGGGGUCCCCACGCAGGGUCCUCCUGUCCCACAAUCACUCCAUCUACAUAUCCCCUCACAAGAACGGCAGCCCCCUCUCUCCCCGGGACAAGAUCUUCUACUACAUCAGCUCCAGUCCGUCCAAGCGCCUGCGGGAGAUCAACAGCAUGAUCCGCACGGGAGAGACGCCCACCAAGAAGCGCAGCAUGGUGCUGGAGGAGGGCAGCCAGUCGCCUGCCAAGCGGCUGUGCCAGGACAACCAGACCGCCCUGCUGCGCCGGCUGCAGGACGUGGCCAACGACCGCGGGUCCCACUGAGGCUGGACGUCCCGCCCCCCCCACAACCCCCCCUGACCGGGGGUCCCACUAAGGCCGGACACGUCCCCCCACCGACUCGAGGCCCUCCCCUGACUGGGGGUCCCACUGAGGUUGGACACGCCCCCACCCCGUCGACUCCAGCCGUCCCCUGACCGCGGGUUUCACUGAGGCCGGACACGCCCCCCCUGGCUCCAGUCCUCCUCUGACGUCGGGUUCCACUGAGUUCGAACACGCCCCCCCCCCCCCCCCGCGACUCCAGUCCUCCCCUGACCAGUUCUCAAAUCUGGCUGUCAGCCAGGACUGCAAGUGUUGUGUUGUGUUACUUCCUUCUUCUGUUCUGGUGAACCUCUUUGGACAUGCUUGCCUGUAGCAUGGCUUUGCAGUACUUUAUUCCCCACAGCCUACCACUCCCUAUGCUUUCAGAGUAUAGAGCACCUUUACAGUACACGCCUCACGGGAACCCUGUCAUUAUGCUUGCCUACACUACAGACUCAGGCUUUUAGCAGGCAGCUCUGACACCAAAGGCAUGAUGGGAUACCAGUGGAUAUGCUGACAGAUCCCCCCCCCGUAGACCUUUCCUUUCCUUUCCUUGGCCUCACUUAUCAUGCAUAUGGCAAGACUGACAGCACGUCUGGUGCCAGCCUCACUCUAAACUGAGAUAACCGUGCGAAUGGAGAGCUAUCGCAGGCAGUGUGCGAGUAACCCACCCACCAGAGUCAUGCUGUCGGAGCUGACUGACCCCAUGAGUUUUAUGAAUGGCCAGGAAUCAACCCACAGGUCACAGGCGGCCCAACGAGAUCAUGUCCAUCUCUAAAAACACGUUUCAAUUCGCUGUAAAUGAAACCGUUCUUCAGCAAAUGCAACAGUUUACUUGAGGCAUGUUUAAUUUACAUUUUAUUAUGUAUUUGGAAACAUGGGUGUUUCAGCAAAAAAAAAGUUAGCGAUUAAAUCUAUUAUUGGAGAACUGAAUGCAACUAUAAAUAUCAAUAAAAUAGAUUCCGAUAAAAAUGCCCCAUGCUAACUCCAUAAACAUUAGACGUUGUCUUAAGGGAUAGGUUCGGUAUUUUUGAACAAAUUCCGUACUGUAAAAUACAGAAUUGUCCUGUAAUCGGAAGGUUAAAAAAAAGGCGUUUCAUAUUGAACUCAUAAGGGACGUGAUCACUCUAAGCCCCCCCCCCAUCGAUCAGGACCUUUAUGCAUAGCAUAAACCAUAAAAACCCCUGACCAUACCUACUGCAACUGCCAUACAUGCAGCAGCUAUAGAUAAAGAAGAUGCUCUUAUCUAGAGCGACUUACACAACUUUUUUAUUUUAUUUUUUACAGCAUUUACAUUGCAUCCAUUUAUACAGCUUGAUAUAUACUGAAGUAAUGCAGGAUAAGUACCUUGCUCAAGGUGUCCUACCUGGGAAAUGAAUCUGUGACUUUUAGGUUAGAAGACCAGUUCAUUAACCCAUCAUACUACACUGUGUUGAUUUCUCCGAGCUAUCUAGACCUGGACAUGAUUACCUUUCAGCUCCCAUACUGUAGGCCUUUCGUGUUACACAAGGGACGAGUCAGUUAGAAGGAAUGUACCUUUCUUCAGUUAUAGGCGGCCUGCAUACGUCAGGCAGGUACGCGGUUGUCACCAAACAUAUGAAAGGCUUGCUGGAAAAAAAAAAGGCGGUUCAAAACACACAGCUGAUGAGUGAGGUUACUGGCAUCCCUGAUAGCUUUUCAGGUAUGUGAUAUUUCAGAAUGGCACGUUAUCAUUAUCGAAGUACGUGAAAUUUUAAAACAGUUCUCAUUGUUUAAGCCCUGCACACAGUGUGACUUCGGCACGUUGUGUGUUUUUUAAUGCGCCAGUUUAUUUUAAAUGCUAUGAAAAAAGGAGUGCACAUUUUAUGUUUCCAGAAUGUCAGUUUUUCCAAAGUCAAAAGAAGCUUUUAUGAGCAGAUUUUAUAUGGUAGCUUAUCUUUUAAGCUGUGACUUUAUAUCAGACUGUAUCACAUGCUAUUUUUCUAACUAUAGCUAUGCUAGUGGCCUGUAACCAUGACCUGUUAAUCAUCCGAUUAACAUAGGUAGAUGUUUUUACUUUAACAGCAAUAUGUUUAAUCCCUUUUCCAUACAUAUCCAGUUUACCUGAGAAUUGUACGAUCACUUUCUCUUUCGGCUAGAAACACACAAGUCCUGUUAGCUUUUCAGGGUACCUUGUUACUAUUUUUAAACUUUCACUGAUGGUCGAAAAUGCGUCCCCUACUUUGUAGAGAUGUGUACAUUCCUGUAAAUAAGAUGAGUUUAUUAGUAGUAUGGUAAGAUAGUAAUCUGUAUUAUUGCUAAGUGCCUUUUCUGUCUGUCUUAUGCUGUUAUGAUUUGUGUAUUUCUUGUGGUGCCUCCCUCUGUCUACGCUGUCUGACUAACAUACAGGUUAUUCACCCAACUUCUUUAUUCAUCAGACCCUUAAAGCAUCCUGUAAUUUUCCUCAUGAAAUAAAAGUAUAAAGCAAA